AAACAGAGAAAUACCAUAACCUCACUUUUGAGAAAUUGGAGUAACAUAACCAAAGCCUGCCAAAACUGGAGCGGCGAAGUGACGAAAGAUUUGUGUUGUUACUUCGAAAACGUAUUUUGCAACAUCAUCUCCAAACUACAGAUACAAGGCCCUUUUGCACCAACAUUAUUUCGAUUUUAAUUCUAGAACAAUGCAGACCAUGAGGAUAAUAAAUGUUAAUGCAUUAACAAUGGGUACUACAGGACUCUGUGAGACUUUUAUUCCAAAUUCUGUCUACACACAGUGUAUACGUUGGAAAAGAAAACCAAUAUGGCUGCCCACAGCAAAAUCUAAAGUGUUUCGAGUACCAAAAAGACCUGUCAUACCUAUGGAGGAUUACGUGGAGCUCAAGCGUUUAUAUAAUAAUUAUAGGACAUAUAUGACAUCAUUUAAGGCAUAUAUAAGGGAAAUUGCAAAAGAAAAUAAGAUGCAACUUAAUGAGACAGUAGUUAACAAGCUGACCGAAGAGGAGGACUUUAAAGCAUGCAACGCCAUAAAUGAUGAGUGGAAUGCAGAAAUAGCAAAGAUACGAGAGAUCAAGCUGGCGGAGAUAAGGGAGAAACGCAAAAAUGCCAUUCUGAAAAAUAUUUUAAUGCAACAGCAGAACCGAGAGAUAAACAAGAUAAGGCUCAACGAAUUGGUUAAAAAGGUUAAGGAAGAAUCUGUUACAUUCAUCACUGCGGAAAAUGUGGAUGCUGCGAUCGAAGAGUGUUUGACAAAUAUUGUUAAUCAUAAUCGUGCAUUGGAUUUGGAAGGAAAUUGGUACAAAGGAAAGUAUCCCCCGAUCUCAUCGAUUCCACUUAUCGAAGAGACACAGAAACCAGCGGCCAUUGAGCAGCAAAAUUGAAUUUGAAAAUUUCAUAUCUACACUGCUCGGGAAAGUAAAGUCAAAAUUUAAUGGACCUGUACUUUUUUUCAAGUGUUCUAGAUUCUCGCUGGAAUAAUGAUGAUAAA